AACCCUUGUUAGUUGGUCACCCAAUAUAAACCCAUCUCUUCUCCGCCGCCCUCUUUCUUAAUUCAACACCGUAUCUUAGGGUUUCUCCCGAAUCAACUCAGCUCCAAUGGGAAAGGGAACUGGGAGUUUUGGUAAAAGAAGGAACAAGACCCACACUCUCUGCGUCAGAUGUGGCCGCCGCAGCUUCCACCUCCAGAAGAGCCGUUGCUCCGCCUGUGCUUUCCCCGCUGCCCGUAAGAGGAAAUAUAACUGGAGUGUGAAGGCAAUCCGAAGAAAGACAACUGGAACCGGUAGGAUGAGGUAUCUUCGCCACGUUCCACGCAGGUUCAAGACCGGUUUCAGAGAAGGUACCGAAGCAUCGCCAAGGAAGGUUGCCGCAACUUCCGCUUAAAAGGUGAUUUGUAUUGGUAUUGAAGGUUUUGAGGAAAAAAGUUCUAUGGGAAACAUUUAGUCUUGAGGAGUGGUAUUAUGUUACAUUGGAUUUCUAGUUUAUAUUUUGAACAAUUAUUGAUGGAUCUACUGUUUGACUUAAUUUCUUCUUUC